CCGCGAGCCAAAAAAGGGCAAAUAAGGAGAUUGUAAAAGGAGCAGAAGAAGAACGCGAAGGUAAUAGAGUACAGUACACGAUCGUACAAAGGAGACAACGAAGCGAGGGAGAGGAUAAUACGCGUGUAGAGAUCGGGGGUAUCGAGACGGAGAGAUGCUAUUGCGUUACAAUCCACGGGGAUGACGGGACGACGACGUGAGAUGAGCAGAGCAGCAGAAGGAAACAAAGUGGCAGAGGAAAGAGAUCAGCGGAGACGAGAGGCGAGGGGAGCGAAGCGCUUAGAGACCGCCGAGAACGGGGGCAGCGACAGAGCCGACUGCGCUCACGACGGGGGCAACAGCGCCCUCAACACCGCUAACGACACCACCAACGAGGCCAGUAACACCGUCAAGCUGGCGGCGGAGGAUGCCACCGACGACGGGGUCAAGAAUACCCUCAACAGCGCUGACAACGGGGUCGGCAACGCUGUCCACAGCACCGACGACACCGUCGACAGCGCCGGUAACGGGCCCGUCACGGCGGAGGAUACCACCAACGACGGGGUCGGCAGCAGACUCGACAGUGGAGAUGACGGGGUUGGCAGCGCUGUCAACAGCACCAACGACACCGUUGAUAGCAUCGGUCACAGGGGUAGCAGCAUCACGGCGAAGGAUUCCACCGACAACGGGGUCAAGAGUACUCUCAACGGCGCUGACAACGGGGUUGGCGAUGCUGUCGACGGCACCAACGACGCCGUUGACAACACCAGUCACGGGACCAUCACGGCGGAGGAUACCACUAACGACGGGGUCAAGAGCACCCUCGACGGCGCUGACAACCGGGUUGGCGAUGCUGUCUACGGCACCGACGACGCCGUUAACAGCGCCAGUGACCGGGCCGUCGCGGCGAAGGAUACCACCAACAACUGGGUCAAGCGCACCCUCGACAGCGCUGACGACGGGGUCAGCAACGCUGUCCACAGCACCGACGACACCGUCGACAACGCCGGUAACGGGCCCAUCACGGCGGAGGAUACCACCGACGACAGGGUCAAGAGCACCCUCAACGGCGCUCACGACGGGGUCAGCAACGCUGUCGACGGCACCAACGACACCGUCAACGACACCGGUCACGGGGCCGUCACGGCGAACAAUGCCACCAGCAAGGCCCUCAACGGUAGAGAUAACAGGGGCGAGAGCGCUCUCAACACCAGAUACGAGACCACCGACAGUGCCGGUGAUUCCACCAAGUCCAGCGUCGGCCGGAGCAGCAGCACCGGUGGAUGAGGAAGUGGCGUUAGCGGCAGCAGAGGCGUUGUCGCGGCGAACGAUGCCACCAGCGAGGCCCUCAACAGU